CAUCACUAACUGAUGAUUAAUGUGUUGCAGGCAACCUGAUCUCUAUGAGGUAUCUCCUUCCAGUUCUGAAUACAGUACAGGGUCAACAAUUAUGCCUUAUCCAGCUGGGGAACGAGGAGAAAAGACUCAGGCUAAAAUAGAUGAACUGCACCCAGAUAUAUUGUCAAAUCAUAUUGGAGAGCAGAAUUGCAGUACCGAGGAGGAAACAAGGGUUCUUUCCAGUGCAAACAAAAAUCAUGGCGAGAUGAUAUCAUCGUCUGAUGACCAAACGAACAUUAUCGUUGCUUCUACCUCAUCAAGCGCAGAGUUCAGUUCCCCAGUCCAAGUUACCCCACUUUUCAGAUCUCUAGCAGCUGGAAUUCCCAGCCCAAAAUUUUCAGAAAGUGAAAGGAACUUCCUACUUAAGACACUUGGCAUGGAGUCACCUUCUCCCAGUCCAGCAAAUAAUCUUUCACAACCACCACCUUGCAAACGAGCCCUGCUCCAUAGUCUAUAACAAACCUAUGAUCAUCUCUUAUACUGAAAAUCAUAUCAGUCUAAUAGUCCCAUAUUUCAUCAUUUAUUCCCUGGAGCCACAUAGCUCAUGUUGAGUUUUCGUCCCUUUUUUUUUUUCGAUUUGUCCAAGGAUUGCAGCCAUCUUGGCCUGGAAUUUUACAAGGCAUUUAAUGAUCUGCACUCCCAGCUCCCUUGCUUAGAAUGUUUUGGUACAUUCUAGCUUCUCAGAUACAUCCAAUAAGAUGUCCUGAGUUUCAUUAAUUUUUCUCUCUAAUUUCCUAGAGAGUACUACCUUAAUACUCACAUUAAAAUCAGUGUGUGCUUUGUUAGUGUGUCAAUUCUUUUGUUUGUCAUCUCAUCCGAGUGGUUUCGGGUAUCUCCUCUCAUCAUUCAGAUCCAGUUUUUGUUCUUGAUUUGUAAUCUUGUACAGAACCUACUAUAUAAGAUAAAUCCUUAGAGUGUAAUUAAUACAUUGGCGAGUUGCCUACAUAUGAUAAAGAACAGAGGAAAAAGUAAAAAAAAAAAAAAAAAAAAAGAAACAGAAAAUAUGAGGAUCAACACCUUGAUGUUUUUGGGCGUGCAGAGGGUAUAGAAUAAGUUUUUAUUUAUUUAUUUAGUGGAUUUCUAUUCUGAUUUCUAAUGUAAUCGAACUCGAUAUGAUUUGAGUGAAAGGUGUUUUGGCUUUGGUGUGA